CUAUCCAAUGCUUUAAAUAAUUGGGAGACGAAUGAUAUAAUGAUUGACGAAGAGGGUUUAAUCACAUCCGUUUUCUCUUUCGCUAUCUUUAUUCAUCACUCCUUUACAUGUCUGUUUGAGUUUGGACCAAUUUACUCCAAACUCCUAAACCCCAAAACCUAUCAUCACCGGUUCUGGCUAAUGGGAGUCGUCUUCCGUUGCUCCCACCGUCGUUUCAUCUCAACUGUCGUUGUCUUUACUCUCCUUUUCAUUUCUUUUUCCUACUCCGCAACCGCCUCUCCUUAUCAAGAUCUUAGGGGAGGGCUUGUGGAGAGUAGGAAGGAGGCAGGUGGGUCGGGUUUGCCGGGUCGGAUCGUAGAUCAGAAGCGGUUAGGUGGUCCGGGCUCGGCGCCUCCGAUUUGUAGAUCGAAGUGCGGGAAGUGUGAGCCGUGUAAAGCAGUUCACGUUCCGAUUCAACCAGGUCUUAUUGCGCCAUUGGAGUAUUACCCCGAAGCCUGGCGCUGCAAGUGUGGCAACAAAAUCUCCAUGCCCUAACUUGAACACCUUACACAAUUUGUGACUUUGAAAAAUCCAAAUUUUCCUUUUAUCGUGAUUAAUUGCUCUUCUUCUUUUUUCUUAUCCCGGCUUAUUAACUUUCUAUAGUGGUUUGAUGUGCUAUUGAUGGAUAUUUAUGUGGAUAAGAUUGUAUUUAUCAUC